AGUGUAACAACUCCUGAGUCUCUUUUCCUGUCUCACACUGAGGCACACAAAGAGAAACAGGAUGUUGUGAGCGAGGACAAUUUAUCCAAUGAACAGGAGGUGGUGACGGGAUUAAAUAUGUUCAGACAAUCCCAGCUUAGGUUAAUAAUGUCAGGUAGAAAUGGCUGACAUUAAGUUAACCACAGUGGGACACCAGGCUAAUAUGGAACAACAAAAGCUUUGCUGAGCUCUGCUUUUGUCCUCACAGCUGGGUUUGCUUGGAGAUUCCAAAACACAAACAACUGGACUUUCACAUGCUCCUUUGUUCCCGCUGACCCUGCAUUCCUAAGGUCCACUCUUCGCCCACAGGUACACAUACUUGGAGUCAAAUCAAUAGAUCAGAGUGUAAUUCCUGCACUUUUCAGCAAAAAAAAAAAAAAAAAAAAAAUCACUUUGUCAGCUGUCCUGGCUUUAUGUCAAGAAAUGUUUCACUGUUUGACCCUGGGGCUCGGUAUAAAAAUCAAGUCAACAGCACAGGACCACAGUCUGCGAGCCUGAGGAAACUAUCUUACACAUUUCCAGCAGAGAAAAGAUGAACCCUCAAGUCCUGCCUUCCAUCCUGCUGCUCAUUUCUGCUGCCCAUGCUUUCCAGUACACGGAGCUAGCGCAGUAUGUUGACAGCCACCAGGACGAAUAUGUGGAGAUGCUGAGGGACUGGGUUGCAAUCGAAAGCGACUCCAGCAAUGUCCAAAAGAGACCAGAGCUGCACCGUAUGAUGGAGACUGUGGCUCAGAAACUCCAGCUGAUGGGGGGGACUGUACAGCUGGUGGAUAUCGGAGAACAAGAACUUCCUGAUGGCCAGACAUUAGAGUUGCCUAAAGUGGUGACGGCUCAGUUUGGUAAUGACUCCAGCAAACACACAGUGUGCAUCUACGGCCACGUGGAUGUCCAGCCAGCAAAACUGGAGGACGGCUGGGCAACAGAUCCAUACAACCUGACUGAGAUCAAUGGUAAGAGCCUUUAAGCUAAUUAAAAAUACAAAGAAAUGCUAUCCAAACUCACAAAUUUCAUUUGAUUCUAAAAAAGAGGAACAUGUCUGGGUAAAUGUCAGGGCUCUGUGUGCGGGCAGGUGGAUAUGAGGAUCCAAAUGCAGGACUCGAAAACAGAAUGCA